AUGGACGCCCAGGCCGUGCAGCCGUCGAGCAACGUCGCCUUUCACAAGGGAGAGCGUGUCCUUCUGGACAGAGCUAGUGCAGGCCAGCCCAAACAACUCGAGAACAUGAAGCGGAAGUUCCAAUCCGCCUUGGAAUCCAGCGAGAGGUUGGUUGGCUUGGACAUGGAGUGGAAGCCCGACCGUUGCACACAGCGACGCAACGACGUUGCGUUGAUUCAGCUUGCCCUCGGUGGCUCUGUCUGGCUGGUGCGAACUUGUGAGAUUGAUCUCCCCGACUUUGUCCGGCAGCUGCUGAUGGACAGCUCUGUUGUGAAGGUCGUUGCUGGUUUCGAUUCUUCUGAUCGGGACAAGCUGCAAAGAUCCUUUGGCAUAGAAGUUCCGACGAAUCCAGAGCAAGCGGGCUUCGUGGACAUAAGCCUGCUGGCCAGGGAGUGCGGUUUUGCCGGUUCCGGAGUCAAGAAGCUUUGUGACCGGUACGGCCUCCCGAUAGAGAAGAACCAGAAGGUAAGCUGCUCCAACUGGGCAGCGGCCAGGCUGACAGAGGACCAACUUCAAUACGCCUGUGACGAUGCCUUCUUCACCUUGCUCUUGGGAGGACGGCUGCUGCAAGAGGAGAAGGUCUCACCUUCGAGGCUUCGCGCCCGUGCUCGGGCGGCCUGUGAUCUGGUGCUCCCGGUAGCAAGUCUCAGCGUGGGAACGAAGGACAUGGCGGAGCGGCACGCGGAGGUCCGUGCCUUCUUGGAGGAGCUCCACGGGGCCAUUUCCCGAGCCUGUGCAGCUCAAGGUGUGCUCAAGAUCCCAGUUGCCAAAGUGGGGCAACUUCGAGACAAGGUUGGCAUGCCUUUUGCCCAGCGUGCGAGUCUUUUGCUUGUUUCCUUGGGAGUGCGCUUCCUCAAGGAGCAAUGCCAGCUCUUUGGCAUUAGCAGCUUUAGCAAGCAAGACUUUAUCUGGGCACGUUCCGCUGCAGAGAGGGCACCUUUCACGGAUGAAGAGAAGUCUCUCGAAUGGGCAUCAUCUCCUGAGCAAUCCUUGCAGACAUGGCUGAGCUUGCAACCUCGCAUGGCCAAGCAAGAGCUUGUGGGUCGUCUCGGCCUCUUGGCCCGAGCUCUCGGAGCGGAAGAGUCGGCCAAGACCCUUGCGGCCCUUGCGGUGCGGAAGCAAGCAUGCGAGUUCAGCGCAUCUGUGGCAGACUCGCCGGGCCCUCCAUGGCGAGGGCAGGACGCUCGGUCCGCCGCAGGACUCCGGCCUUCUGGGAACAGCAAGAUCGUGGAAUGCCGCUCACGGCCGCAGCGCAAGAAGUCUGGGAACCAGGCAGUGGUGGCCCGUGGCAUCCCCAAGCAGUGA